AUGGCUGGUCAUUCGCAAUUUUCAAAUAUAAAACAUCGUAAGGGUGCUCAAGAUGCUAAGCGCUCUCAAAAGUUUACGAAGCUCAUUAAAGAGAUCACAGUUGCUGCAAAAGCAGGGUUACCUGAUCCUGAAUUAAAUCCGCGUCUUCGGUCUGCGAUAUUUGCUGCACGCAAGGAAAAUUUACCGAAAGAUAAAAUAGAAACAGCGAUAAAAAAUGCAACUGGUAAUGUUGCUGGAGAGAAUUAUGAUGAAGUACAGUAUGAAGGUUAUGGGCCUUCAGGCACGACAUUGAUUGUGCAUGCCCUGACAAACAAUCGCAACCGUACUGCCUCUGAGGUGCGUUAUAUUUUCUCUCGUAAUGGCGGAAAUUUAGGAGAAACAGGAAGUGUGAGCUAUCUCUAUAAUCAUGUCGGUUUAAUUGUCUAUUCAAUGGCAGGAGUAAGCUUCGAUGACUUGUUUAAUUAUGGAGUUGAGUUAGAGGUAUUAAACGUUGAAGAGGGUAGCUCAAAAGAAUUGUAUAUUAUAACUUGCGAAGUGAAAGAUUUCGGUAAAAUACGUGAUGCUUUUUAUGCAAAAUUUGGCGAGCCGGAACUUGCACGUCUUUCGUGGCAAGCAAAAGAUCUCAUGCAAAUUAGUGAUAAAGAAUUGGCUGAUAAAGUAUAUUCUCUAGUUGAAGCACUGGAAGAUAACGAUGAUGUGCAGUACGUUGAAGGCAAUUUUACUUACAACGAAGUAGCGGAAUAA